CAACCAGCAUGCACUGUCAAAAGGGAUAUUGGACCGGCCAUGAUUUAAAUGGCAGGAAGCUGAAACAAGGCAAAUAUGGUUACAGAUCUGUAUCUUUUCCCUUACCUUACCUUUACUCUUCGUUUCUUACAUUGGUCGCACCCAUUCCGGGAUUUCUUAUGCGGUCGUCGGGGCGGCAUGGCCGGGCGGGAAGUAUCGUGACUUUCCCUCUCUGAAAACGUCACCGUUUACCCGGCAGUCACCAUCUUUCUCCAAGGAAUCAAGCACUGGAAUUCUCCGUCCACGCUCAGGUCUUCGCUGGUGCGAGAAUACGACAACGAGAUCGCUCGAGGUGAAGUCCACAGGCAUCCGCGCGCCAAGCCUUGUUGGCUCCAACCAAAACCCCUCCCGGUGAUGGUUCACUCCGCCCAACAUCUUCUCACAAUCUUCAACGUCUCCAAAAUCCAGCCUCGCCGACACAGAUCCUGGUUUCGGAGUCGGGCACUUCUCCACUUCCGAUGAAGAAAACUAUCCUUGCUACACAAGUUAUGCCAUCCCAGAUUACUAAUGCGAGCCCCAGAAGAUGGCCCGCGAGCAAAUCAGACUGAGGCCUGGUUCGCCAGUGGGGCCGGAGGAGCUUGGGUCGCGAGAACGAGAACGGGAGCGGGAGCGGGAGCGAGAGCGAGGUCAAGUAAAGUUACAUCUGACUCGUGCUCUCUCGCUCGUCGUUCUCAGAAGGCGAUGUAUAUCGUUUUGCGCUCGUUUCACUGUCUCAGCUUUCUGUCAUCGUCUAGUUCUCUCUUCCCUUAAGCAUGUCCGCUGGUAUUGUGCUUAAGGAGUUGCAUCUGUCCCCCAGAGCGAAUCCUCGAUAAUUUCUUAUAUCGAAUUCUACUCUCAUCCGCGGCAUUCUCUACAAGAUGGUGAGGGAUUUUGCGGAUUGCACGGAGGUUAGCACAGUCUGCCCCGUGGAAGCCACUACCUAUGGUUACUACCCCCAUCUUGCAGCAAAUAUCAUCUUCGCUGUCUUCUAUGGUGUCACUUCUCUCUUCCAGGUUGGAUUCGGCGUCUACUUUAAAACAUGGACCUUUAUGAUUGCGCUAGCGAUGGGCGCGUUGUUGGAAAUGGCCGGCUACAUCGGACGAAUACUCAUGAACGAUAACCCUUGGGCGUCUGGCCCAUUUAAACUACAAAUUGUCACUAUCAUCUUGGGACCUACCUUGGUGGCUGCCGCCAUCUAUCUGACUCUCAAGCAUAUCGUUCUCUUCCUGGGCCCGGAGAACUCUCGGAUACCUGCGCGACUUUACACUUGGAUAUUCAUCACCUGCGACGUUUGCUCCCUCGUCUUGCAGGCUAUUGGGGGGGGCGUUGCUGCCGCAGCUGGGCGGAAUGAUCAAGAUAAGCUGGAGAUUGGUAAUCGUAUCAUAAUUACGGGAAUCGCCUUUCAAGUCGCGACGAUGUCAGUCUGUGGAUUGCUAGGUUUAGAUUUUUUUCUCCGAGCCUCCAGGAAAGGGGCAUUCUCGGAUCGUGGGCAAUUAUCCGAAAAGCAACGCCAUUGGAAGUCUUUUAAAAUAUUUUGCUGGGCGGAGAUAUUGGCAUAUACCACAGUCCUUGUCCGUUGCAUCUAUCGUAUUCCGGAGAUGGCUGGGGGAUGGGGCAAUGAACUUAUGCAAAAUGAGAAAGAAUUUUUAAUUUUAGAUGGAGCAAUGGUUGCGAUUUCUGUUCUCGCCCUUACCAUCUUCCAUCCGGGAAUAUGGUUCCCUCCAAUGAGAACAGGCUAUCAAAAGGAGAUUUAAUUUGAAUCUACAGAGCGACCGCUGAUCUUGCGUUUGGCUGAUUUUGGUUUUUGUGAAGCCCUGUACGAUAAACGACCAUGAUAUAGAACCACACUCUCUCGGGUAUUAAAGAAAUGCCUUUUCAAAGCAA